GCUCUGCAGUUGCAAGAAGGGAAUAAGCACUGCCUGGUGGCCCGCUCAGUAUGUUACCUGAAACUUGGGGACACAGAAAAUUCCCUGAAAGAUGCAGAAGCCUCUCUUCAAAAUGACAAAACAUUUUCAAAGUGUAGACACACCCCAAGAAGCCAGAGGGGAGCAGCAGGUUGUUAGUCUCCUCUUCCCCACUCUUUGUUCCUGCUCCAGAGCAUGAGCUCAGAGCUGCUGGGACUUUACCAAAAAGCUGAGACCCUGUUCACCAUGGGUGACUUUGAAUUUGCAUUAGUGUAUUAUCACCGAGGCCACAAACUACGCCCAGAACUACAGAAAUUCAGGCUAGGAAUUCAGAAGUCUCAGGAGGCGAUCGACAACUCUGUUGGAAGUCCUUCCUCAGUUAAACUGGAGAAUAAAGGGGAUCUCUGCUUUUUAAGCAGACAGGCAGAGAGCAAAAAAGUGAAGCAGAAACUUCAGGUCAAAGCCCCGAAAAAGGAUCAGAAGCGGCAGAGUAAAGUGGGGCCCAUUAGAGAUGAAAAGACCGAACGGCAGCUUCUUGGCGAGCUGUAUGCUGACAAGGCCUACCUGGAGAAACUGCUCAAGGAUGAAGACUUGAUCAAAAGCAGCACAAAGCAGGGGAUGACAGUGGAGGACCUGAUCUUGGGUGGCAUUAACUACUUGGACACCCGCACUGAUUUCUGGCAGCAGCAGAAGCCCAUCUACGCCCGUGUGCGAGACCGCAAGCUCAUGCAGCAGAGGUGGAUCCCAGAGAGAAAGAGAAAGCCAUCAGAAGUUGCCAGAUACAUCCUGAAGAGCAUGGAAGACAUUGAUAUGUUGUUGACCAGCGGCUGCCCUGAAGAAAGUUGUAAGAAAGCUGAGCAUGUGCUAAAAACAAUUCAGGGUUGGUCUGAUGAUGAAGUUCCCAACAAGAACGAAUUGAUUGGAAAUCUCUACAGCUGCAUUGGGAACGCUCAAAUUGAGAUGAGGCAAAUGGGGGCAGCUCUGCAGAGUCACAAGAUGGAUCUGGGGAUCGCAAGGGAAAAUGAUCUGCCAGAUGCCAUCUCCAGAGCCCUUGACAACAUUGGCAGGGUUUAUGCCAGAAUUGGCAAAUUCCGGCAAGCUAUUGACACAUGGGAGGAGAAAAUUCCACUGGCAAAAACCAGCCUAGAGAAGACGUGGUUGUUCCAUGAAAUUGGCCGAUGUUACCUAGAGCUCGAUGAAGCAACGGAGGCCCAGGAAUAUGGAGAAAAGUCCCUCCAGUCAGCAGAGGAGGAGGGUGAUAUUGAGUGGCAACUCAAUGCUAGUGUGCUGGUUGCACAAGCUCAAGUGAAACUCGAAGAUUUCCAAUCAGCAGUUAUGAACUUUGAAAAAGCUCUUGAGAAGGCAAAACUAAUUCAUAAUGAUGCAGCUCAGCAGGCCAUCAUCAGUGCCCUAGAUGAUGCGAACAAAGGCUUCAUCGAAGAGCUGAGAGCAGAACAAAGGGUGGAGAGAAUGGAAUCUUUACGAGAUUAUGAUUAUUAUGCUGAAUACAGUGAAGGAGAGGAGGCAGAUGACCAAAAGGAAAGAGACGAAAACAAACAGAAGGAGGUAGAAAAGGAAGAGAACGAGAGAAAUGGAAGAGAAGAAGAGCCAGAGGGAGAGAAAGGGGAAGAUUAUGCAGAGCUUCAGUAGGAUUUGCCUGAAUAAAGAGGCAGCAUUUCCUCAGGAAACUACUUGCUAAGGUUAAAGUUCAUGCGGGGUUGCUGGCUUUGCAAAUUAGUGCAUUUUAAUUAGUGUGAAAUUGACCUGCAAAUGGAAUUAGUCCCUUCACAGUGGGGGCUGCCCUUAACCUUUGCUGUCCCUUUUAAAUACUUUUUCAAGUCUGCAAGCAUUCAGUUCAAGGCUGUGGGGCUGUUAUGUUGGGAAAAGUCCUGUUAUUUCCCUCUCCCAGCCUUUCCACUUGGCUACGUCUACACUGGCCCCUUCUUCGGAAGGGGCAUGCUAAUUUUGAAA